AUGCAAUUGGUACAGCAUGAUAGUCGGACUGAGAUUGCUUCGGAAACAGAACCCAUUUUGUCUCAGGCUAGUGCAUCUGAGAGAUCAGACGAGUCUUCUUCUUUACAUGAAAUAACUGUGGGUGUGAGAUCUUCUAGUGCUGCUGGUGAUUCAUUUGUUCCGGAAAUAGACGAGGAUAUAUGCCUAGUACAUUCAGACCAGCCUCAAUGCCGGAUAUGCCUUGAAACUGAAGGAGAGGAUUUAAUUGCACCAUGCCAUUGUAAAGGCACCCAGAAGUAUGUCCACAGAUCAUGUCUUGAUAAUUGGAGGUCAACAAAGGAGGGCUUUGCUUUUGCUCACUGUACAGAAUGCAGGGAAAAGUUUGUUUUGCGGGCAAAUGUCCCGGCUGAUCGUUGGUGGUUGAGGUUAAAGUUUCAAUUUCUUGUUGCGAGGGACCAUGCUGCCAUUUUUGUUAUUGUUCAACUGAUUGUUGCUUUUCUAGGUGUGCUGGUGUACAAAUUUUAUGGAGAAGAACUGCGGGAAAUGUUUGGCUACGAAGAACACCCAUAUGGGUUUUAUACUAUGGCUGUUUUAGCAAUUGUGUUGGUGGGUUUGCUCUAUGGCUUCUUCAUUGCUAUAAUAUGUGGACAGAGAAUCAAUGAACGCCACUACCAUGUUCUUGGCAAGCAAGAACUGACAAAGGAGUAUGUGGUGGAAGACCGAGAAGCUAACAAGGAUGCCUCAGAGCUUGACCCUAGCCAUGUGACUGAAUUGAGGAUGCUUGGCCUCUAUUAA